ACUUGUAAAAUAUAUGUCAUAUGUUUACUUAUCAUGUGACGCGGUAGCGCCGCAUAUCGCACGAACGAUGAGAGAUCCUGAUUUAUUGACAGAUAUUCCGGAACUGUCAAAUGAUUCGCCCGAGAUGGAUCUCAGCAUUCAUCCGGAGAGGCAAAGAUUCCCUUUUUGCAUCGUUUGGACCCCAUUGCCAUUGUUAACAUAUUUUCUACCAUUUAUCGGACACAUGGGUAUUGCAACGUCAACAGGAGUAAUAAGAGACUUUGCUGGUCCUUAUUAUGUCUCUGAAGACAACAUGGCAUUUGGUAAACCUACCAAAUAUUGGCAAUUAGAUUAUACCAAAGCCAAGGGAAGCAUACAAGGAUGGGACACUGGUGUGGCAGAAGCUAGCGAAAUUUAUAAGACUAGAAUGCACAAUUUAUGUUGUGAUAAUUGUCAUUCGCAUGUGGCAACAGCUUUGAACUUGAUGUCGUAUGAUAACUCAAGCAACUGGAAUAUGGUGAAACUUGCUUUUCUUAUGUUGUUUCAUGGGAAAUACGUAAGUGUUCUAGGAUUUCUUAAAACUUGGUUACCUUUCUGCAUAAUUGUCACAAUUGUACUAGUAUUAAGUUUGUGUGCAUAUUAAUUAUAAAGUGUAAAUCAAUUUAAAUUAUAUAUUUAAGAUACAAUCUUAUCUUCAUAUACUCAUUAUAAAAAUUUGACAAGAACAUAUUUAUAGAAUAUAAGAACAAAAUUUUACAAAAAUAUAUUUAUAGAACAUAAAAAUAAUUUAUUAUGCUUAAUUUUUACAAUGUAAAAUAAACAUAUAUAUAAUGAUUAUAUAAGUGUUAUAUAAUAAUAAAAUUAAAUUCGAGAUAUAUGGCUUCUGAUAACAUUAUAUUCUAAACAUCUAAAGAAAAUAAUUAACAUUUGUUAUUUUACAGAAAAUAAUUAAAGCUGUAUAGUAUUAAAAAAUCAAAACAACUAUUUUUCUUAACUUGCACAAUAUGUCACGAGACAUGUAACAUCCAAUACGUGCUUUAAUCACAUGGGCAAUAUCGAAGAAGAAACUAUUUCUUUGAGCAAGAUCAAAUUAAAGAAUAAAUUCUAAAAGACAUUUUUUUCAUUAUAAUUGAUUUCAUUAAACUAGUUUCCUUCUCAAAGAUACUAGACUGCAUAUCAAUAUUUAA